UGGUGGCUGCCCGACAAGCAAGUGUUUGAGCUCGCGCGCGAGGUUAGUUCCCAGACAACAGUGUACGAGAUCGGUCAUAUCGCGCCACAUUUGGCCGCUGUGCAUUCGCGGUGUCUCAAGGAGAGAGUGUCCUAUUCCCUGAUCCAGUUUUGGAAACGAGCGCGGUUGGAUCGAUACAACAUAUUUUUGUGUGUGCGUGUUCAUAACAGUGAUAAGCGAUAGCGGUGGAGUGUGCAACAAGCCAUACCAACAGGUCGUCAUUUGCUUAGGUCAAAAGUUGUGCAGCAUCCGCAAAUUUUCUCCCGUGGUGAAGUGAGAUUGUUUUGGUUUUAUUAUUGCUGCCGAGAACAAUAAAAACAAAACCCUUGGUGAAUGGAAGUCGCACGUCCGGGCCCACGGAUAGACGAUCACCGGAACCACUGUACCACAAUCAGCCUAGGUGACAGGUGCCUACUGUUAUGUCUGUCUGUAGCGCGUGUUGCGCGAUUCUUGCAGGUAGCACUCGGUCCAGAGGCAUGAGCGCUUACUGUGAGAACGAAACCAGAAAAGUGCCAUUUCUCGGGCUACUGCGAUUCGGAGGGUGCAAGAUUUCAUAAGUGUUUUAUCAUGGUGGUACAGCGCAUGAAAGUAUUGACGCUGCGAUAAGAGCGCAUAAUUGAAAAUCGCUGCAAUGCAUACGUGAAGCAUAAUUACUCUGUGUUUGAUUAAGUAGAAUGUGUUAUUCUCAGUCAUAUUGAUUAACCAAAGUGUAGUGCGGAAAGAAUAGCAAAUAUCAGUUGGACAAAAGAAUUACAAAGUGUUAGUAAAAUUUUACUCGGAUAUGCAGGCUAAUCACGACUGAAUGCUAUAUUUGUAUAGCUUUGUGAGUUCAUUAAUUAUUCAUACAACGUUGGAUAAAGUGACGGACAGUGUGCGAAAUAGGCAAACAAAACAAAAAUGAUGCGAUAUGCAGAGUGAGAGCGCUGAAAUGGUUGUUAACGCCGAAUUCGAAUGGCUAUAGCGCCGUUGGUUUGAUACUCUUUAAAAUCGAAGAUUGGGUCAACAGCUGGACAGCUGGAAAUUAACAGUAAUAUGUGUUUAGCAGGUACUUGUAGUGCAGUGGUUUGAGUGUACCAGAAAUUGCAAUCUUCAGCGCAAUGAUACCUGAUGCAUUACUGCUUUUCGAAGGAGGAAUGGAAAGCCAAAAAGUGUUGUUGAUGAUGAUCGGACUGGGAUUGCGCGGUACCAGGACAAGCAAAACUGGCGACAGGUGUAGCGAGGUCGUUGUGGUUAAGUUGGACUGGUAACGUUGAUUCUCCAUAUCUGAAGCAGGUGAACAAUAGAAGUGCACGUUGCGCGCUGUUUUGCCCGUUGGAGAGUGAAAUGAAAGUGUAAUCGCAAUUCGGUUUAAACACGAGCGUAAGCGUAAAGCACCAUAAGAAGAGGCGCAAGUUGUACGCUUUCCGUGCCAUGAAGAAGAAGGUGUGAAAGAAGUUUGAAGUAAAUAUAAGCAGAUUUGUCAAAAAAAGAUUAUUAUGAGCAGUGAUGGAAGCCUUCGCCGUAGUGGGCGCUGGCAACACAAAAAGCUGGAGUUUUGUAUGUGAAUAGUAACAAGAAGACGAGGUGAGAGAAAAUUAGAUCAAUGGAAUAAAAAUCAGGGCGAGGAAAAAAUAAGGGGAAUAACAGAUACCAAAGCCGUGAAAAUGUUGAAAAUUCAAAUGCUAGAACAAAUCGUGGCCAACGAGAACAUGAUUGAGGAUGGCCAGAUAGCAGCGACGGGAGGCGGAGGAAGCAAUGGAAGAGUAGGUGCUAGUGGAUCGACCAAUGCCGGCUUCAGCUCCUCCGGUAGCUCAAAGGAUGAGAAUGGAGAAACAAGAAGCUUGAACCGCAGCAACCGAUUAUCGCCUCAAGGACGACAGCAUAUGGGAGGGUGGACCACGGCUACAGUAAACUCCAAACAGAAUGGACUGCCAACGACGCCGAGCAAGAGUGCAGCCACCAGUCCGGACCGGCUACGAGGGGCAACACACGAUCUGUUUGAACUACUGGAACGUGUGCAAUGUUCGCGGUUGGAUGAUCAACGAUGCGUUCUACCGUCGUACUUCACACAGGGUACACGUGAAGAACGAAUCUCCAAUCCGCACGGCACCAACAAUGACACGCCGAACAAUCUUACGGUACAAAUUCCGCAACAGACGCGAUCGCUGCUGCGACACUCGAACAGUAUGUCCUCGAAUCCACAUUCAAACUCGAGUUCAACACCGGCCUCGCCGCAUCUGCUGUCGAACAGCUCCAGCGGUCACCUACAUCACACGCUCUCGAAUGGUGGCUCGCUUCAUCACCAUCCCCAGUAUCAGAGCCAGUCGUCAGUAAGUUCCCAAAGUUCAUCGAUAAUUUCGACAGUUCCACCACUUCAGCGGUUACUAGAAGACCAUCUCAGUAAACCGGCACCAUAUCCGAUGAUUGUGAUACCUAACAGUGGGGGUUAUUGGCUAGACGGUACUGAUCAUGAUUCAGGCUAUGACAUCCCUUCUCACACUACGUGGCGGGUGGGCAAGAUCGAAUCUGACGACACGGCCAAAUGUUACCGAAGGUUUUUCAGCUCACGGGAACACUCGAAUCUUGUAGGUCACGAUGAUCAACUCGGUCCAGUAUUGCUCUCGAUCAAGUCGGAGAAUGUAGCAAAUCAAGAUCACAUUCGAAUAUUACUCCGACUAAGAACCGGAACCAUGCACGAAAUCAUUCCAGCUUCGUGUUUAGGAUCAAACCCGUCUCCGAUCAAGAUGGCACGACUUCUAAAUGAACAGAUCAACGUAGAUAGUUUCAUGCCUGUGCUGUGUCCGAAAGCAUCCACGUUAAUCGCGAGUUACGAUGAACACGUGUUAGUAACGAACUUUAAAUUUGGCGUUUUAUAUCAACGGUACGGGCAGACCACGGAGGAAGAACUCUUCUGCAACAGCGACACGACUCCAGCACUCGAAGAGUUCCUCGACCUACUGGGACAACGAAUACGACUUCGUGAUCACAAAGGUUACAGAGGUGGUCUGGAUAUUCAGAACGGUCACACCGGUGACACCGCUGUAUACGAAAUAUUCAAAGAACGGGAAAUUAUGUUCCAUGUGUCUACGCUUCUACCGUACACCGAAGGCGAUCCCCAACAAUUACAACGGAAGCGCCACAUCGGUAACGAUAUCGUGGCAAUCGUAUUCCAGGAGGAAAACACACCUUUCUCCCCAGCGAUGAUUGCAAGUCAUUUCCUGCACGCGUUCAUCGUUAUCCAGCCUGUGGAUCCAAACACACCAAAUUGCCGGUAUAAGAUUUCAGUAACUGCUCGGGAUGAUGUGCCGUUCUUUGGCCCAACCCUCCCCCAACCAUCAGUAUUUAAGAAGGGACCAGAGCUGAAAGAAUUUCUCCUCACCAAGCUGAUCAACGCAGAAAACGCUUGCUACAAAGCGGACAAAUUUGCUCAGUUAGAGCUGCGUACGAGAACGUCAUUACUUCAGAAUUUAGUAGAUGAACUGAAGGAGAAAACGCGAGAAUUUUUAGGAGCUGAUUUGCUAGGAGCUCCUUCUUCUCCUACUCCGGAAACGCCCAAAUCCGAAGGUGGCUUUACCGGUUCGCGAUUUAUCGACACAGUAAAGAAAGCUCUAAACGCUCGUCUUCGCUCACAAAAUUCUGAUCCCACGAACGGAAGCGUCGAAUCCAAUCCAAAGCAUCAGAAUUCCAUCAAGAAAUCGAAGGAGAUCUCCGACGUGCCCUGUGGACCGGGACAAGUAGUUAAUAUCGGUCGAUCACUUUCGAAAAGUAGCACGACGGGCUCGCGGAAGUCUCCCAACGAUUCAGUAGCCUCCUCACCGGACAUCACAUCCCGCUGUUCGAUCAAUCCAAACAAUAUGAACAACAAUAAUAACAACACAACCAACAACAACCAUCACGGUGGUAAUGGUGCCCAUAGUGCUAAAGGACAUUCCGAUGGCGUUAGCAAUAAUAACAACAACAAUAUUAACGGCCCAGUGGCAAUGUCCGAAACUAGUGAUGACUCCAGCUUGAACAGUGUUGAUCUGGAUCCGAUGGUUUUCCCAAAUGUAGAUGCCGGAGCGACGUACAUUGACAGUGACACCGGGCUGGAAUCGAUGUCCUCGGCUGAUGCUACAACCAAAGCCUGUUCGCUCUGCUUGGACGGGGACCGGGUGGAGCGAUCAACGAACGGAGGUGGCAGCGUGAUCAGCGUCAGCGUCGGAACUGGAAGCACUGGGUGUGAUAGCACGCGUGAUCUGCGGUGCAGUACCGGAAGUGCCGGUACGAAUGUGAGUAGUUGUGGUGGUGGUGGCGGCGGUGGCAAUACCGUUAGUGGUGCAGGCACUGGGACACUCCUGAUAACGCCGGAUGUUAUGCAGCAAAUGGACGGGUUUAAGCAAGAAAUUACCCGACUAAAGUGUGAUAAACUGGAUCUCCUGAGGCAGAAUGUGACCUGCCAGCGUGACAUCAAACGGCUACGGGAGCGUGAACUUUCUCUGCAAGGCGACCUGGCCGCUGCCGGCAAAGAAAUUCUACGACUACGUGACCUCCUGAAGGAGUACAUGCCAGCGGCCGCAACCGAACCCUUUAAGUAAAGAAACCGAAGCACUGAUAAACUCGAGUGGAAAACCAAAAUCAGAGAGAAAUCAUCAUCCGAAUCACCCACCACCAUUUUCGUUAUUUCGUUAUAUAUAUGCCAUUCUAUAUGAAAAAGAUAAACUUAAAAAUUGUUAGUUUUGUUCCUUAUCGCAAAAUAUUAUUUGUAUUUUUUUUUUGAACCACUUAAAGAUCAUAAUAUCAAAUGAAAGGUGAUUAAAAAUACUUGUAAAAAAUACAAUGAUUUAAAAAAAAUUGAAUUUUGUAUUGAAAAACUUUGAUUGUAUUAGUUUUUUCAUGGUUUCCAGUGUAGACAGAGGGCGCAAUAUGUUUUUAUAUUUUUC